UAUUUCAGUGAUAGAAGAUAGUUCGACAUGCAAAUACGUUCUUCCUUUCUUUUUAAUUUAAUUUCUGUAUUAUAAAUGUACAAAACAAACUAAAUUUUAACAUUAAUUUGAAGCUGUUCGAGAAGGUAGUUUAAGGUUUGAUUUUUAUUAUCAACUAUCUUAAAAUUAGAGCUAACUUCUGAUAUACCUAGUGUUAAAAUUCCCAAAAAAUUUCUAGGGGUACAAAUAAUGCUAUUAAAAAUAUUAGCAAUACUUGGAUUUGUUUCUCUUAGCUAUGGCCAAUUUGAAUCUAACUCUAAAGCCAACGGCAACUCCAUUGUUCAUAUGUUCGAAUGGAAAUGGAACGACGUUGCAGCUGAAUGUGAGAAUUUUAUAGGUCCUAAAGGAUAUGGCGGUGUUCAGGUUUCUCCUCCAAAUGAAAACGUAGUAGUGCCUAAACGCCCCUGGUGGGAGCGUUAUCAACCCGUUUCAUAUAUACUUAUCAGCCGUUCUGGCAAUGAAACCGAAUUUAGGUCCAUGGUAGAACGUUGUAACAAAGUUGGAGUCUUAGUAUACCCCGAUGUUGUUUUCAACCACAUGGCCGCAGCAAGUGGUAUAGGCACAGCUGGAUCAACAUCAGACCCUGGAAACAAACUAUAUCCCGCUGUCCCGUAUUCUAAAUCAGAUUUUCACCCUACAUGCACCCUGAACAACUAUAGUGAUCCCUUCAAUGUACGCAAUUGUGAACUAGUUGGGUUAAAGGAUUUGGAUCAAAGCAAGGACUGGGCAAGAGAUCGUAUUGUUGAGUUUUUAAACAAACUUAUUAGUUUAGGUGUUGCUGGAUUUCGGGUUGAUGCUUGCAAGCAUAUGUGGCCAGCUGAUCUCAAGGUCAUUUAUAGCCGUCUUAAUAAUUUGAGCAUAGAACAUGGAUUUGCAAAAGGCUCGAGACCUUUUAUUUUUCAAGAAGUUAUUGAUUUGGGUGGCGAAGCUAUAUCAAGUAGCGAAUAUACUAGUUUAGGGGUCGUUACUGAAUUCCGAUAUUCAAAUGGGAUCGGAAAGACUUUCAACAAAGUUAGCCAGUUGAAAUGGCUUGCUAAUUUUGGCACUGGAUGGGGACUAAUGAAUUCCAGCAGUGCAUUAGUUUUUGUAGACAAUCAUGAUAACCAACGUGGGCAUGGACCAGGUGGAGAUAAUAUUUUGACCUAUAAGAAACCCAAACAGUACAAAAUGGCUACUGCAUUUAUGCUGGCAUAUCCAUACGGUAAUUCUCGAAUAAUGAGUUCUUUUGCGUUUUCGGAUACGGAUCAAGGUCCACCCAGUAAUGACGGUGGUAAAACAAUAUUAUCGCCGAUUAUUAAAGAAGACGGCUCUUGUGACAACGGAUGGGUUUGUGAGCAUCGAUGGCGUCAAAUAUACAAUAUGAUUGGGUUCAAAAAUACUGUUAAAGGAACAGUUCUUAAAAACUGGUGGGACAAUGGAGCUGAUCAAAUUUCAUUUUGCCGUGGAAAUAAGGGUUUUAUAGCCUUUAAUCAAGAAGAUUCGGAUUUAAAUCAAACCUUGAACACAUGUUUGCCAGCUGGAAGUUAUUGUGAUGUUAUUUCCGGGAGUAAAGUUGGAAAUGUUUGUUCUGGAAAAUCUAUUUUGGUAGAUAAAGAUGGAAAAGCAAAUAUUUUUAUAGGAUCAAAAGAAGAAGAUGGAGUUCUGGCGAUACAUGCCGGUUCUAAGCUUUAAUUUGUUGUUUAAUCCUCAAUUUAUUCACACUCAAUCGAAUUUAAAGUCGCCAACAGGAAAUCUUAAAAUGUGUAUGCGAUUUCUCAUUUUUAAUGAAGACUUUAGAGAUAAUGGAU